AUGAGACCACGUGGUCUGCAGGAGGUUUUAGAUCAACACAAGACCAGUCUGAGGACCAGAUGUGAGCGUGUGAAUGAAGGAAGUGAGGAAACAGGAAGUAGAACCCUCCUCAACAGGAUCUACACUGAGCUCUACAUCACAGAGGGACAGAGUGAAGAGGUGAACACACAACAUGAGGUGAGACAGCUGGAGACCGCCUCCAAGAAGAAGACCCUCCAGGAAACUCCCAUCAAGUGCCAGGACAUCUUCAGAGCCUUACCCGGUCAACAGGAACCCAUCAGAGUGGUUCUGACAGUCGGCGUCGCUGGUGUUGGAAAAACCGUCUCAGUGCAGAAGUUCACUCUGGACUGGGCAGAGGGCUUGGAGAACCAGGACCUCAGUCUGGUGGUUCUGCUUUCAUUCAGGGAGCUGAACCUGAUCAGAGAUAAGCGGUACAGUCUCCUCCAGCUGCUCCAUGAGUUCCAUCCAACAUUACAGAAGGUCCCAGCAGAGACGCUGGCUGUCUAUAAACUGGUGUUCAUCUUUGACGGUCUGGAUGAAAGCAGACUGUCUCUGGAUUUCAAGAACACUCAGGUUGUGUCUGACGUCACACAGAGCUCAUCCAUAAACCUGCUGUUAACAAACCUCAUCCAGGGGAAUCUGCUCCCCUCAGCUCUGGUCUGGAUCACUUCUCGACCCGCAGCAGCCAAUCAGAUCCCUCCUUCACGCGUUGACAGGGUCACAGAAGUCCAAGGCUUCACUGACGCCCAGAAGGAGGACUACUUCAGGAGGAGGAUCAGUGAUGAAGAUCUGUCCAGCAGAAUCCUCUCACACAUCAAGACCUCCAGGAGCCUCCACAUCAUGUGUCAGAUCCCGGUCUUCUGCUUGAUCACUGCUACAGUCCUGGAGCACAUGAUGAGCACAGAGCAGAGAGGAGAGCUGCCCAAGACCCUGACUGACAUGUACUCACACUUCCUGCUGGUCCAGACCAAGAGGAAGAGGAAGAAGUACGCUGAGGGUCCUGAGACCAGUCCUCAGGAGCUGAUGGAGGCUGACGGGGAAGUUCUCCUGAAGCUGGGCCGGCUGGCGUUUGAACAUCUGAAGAAAGGAAACAUCAUGUUCUACCAAGAAGACCUGGAGCGCUGUGGUCUGGAUGUCACAGAGGCCUCGGUGUACUCAGGACUCUGUACAGAGAUCUUCAAAACAGAGUAUGUGAUCUUCCAGAAAACAGUCUACUGCUUUGUUCAUCUGAGCGUUCAGGAGUUUCUGGCUGCAGUCUACAAGAUCCACUGUUUCACAACCAGGAACACAAAGGUACUGAAGGAACAAGACAGGAACAAAGCUGCACUGAAGGAACAAGACAGGAACACAGCAGCACUGAAGGAACAAGACAGGAACAAAGCAGCACUGAAGGAACAAGACAGGAACACAGCAGCACUGAAGGAACAAGACAGGAACAAAGCAGCACUGAAGGAACAAGACAGGAACACAGCAGCACUGAAGGAACAAGACAGGAACACAGCAGCACUGAAGGAACAAGACAGGAACACAGCAGCACUAAAGGCUUUUCUGGAGGAAGAAGACAGUGAAGUUGAAGAAGAAGAAGAAGAAGAAGAAGAAGAAGAAGAAGAAGAAGAAGAAGAAGAAGACGAUUAUGAUGAUGAUGAUGAUGACUACUCUUGUCUUGAAGACCUCCUGUAUGGAGCUAUGAUGAAAGCCCUGAGAAGUAGAAACGGUCACCUGGACCUGUUUGUCCGCUUCCUUCAUGGACUCUCUCUGGAGUCAAACCGGAGACUCUUAGGAGGUCUGCUGGGUCACACAGACAACAGUCCAGAGAUGAUCCAAAGAGUCAUCAACAACCUGAAGGAGAUGGACAGUGAGGAGAACUAUCCUGACAGAAGCAUCAACAUCUUCCACUGUCUGACGGAGAUGAAGGACCUCUCAGUCCAUCAGGAGAUCCAAGACUUCCUGAAGUCAGAGAACAGAUCACAGAAACUCUCUGAGAUCCAGUGCUCUGCUCUGGCCUACAUGCUGCAGAUGUCAGAGGAGGUUCUGGAUGAGUUAGAUCUGGAGAAGUACAACACAUCAGAGGAGGGACGACUGAGACUGGUUCCAGCUGUGAGGAACUGCAGGAAGGCUCGAUUUUAUCACUGCAGCCUGUCAAAGACUCACUGUGAAGUUGUGGCCUCUGCUCUGAAGUCCAACCCCUCCCAUCUGAGACACCUGGACCUGGGCUACAACGACACCCUGGGGGAUUCAGGAGUGAAGCAUCUGUCAGCUGGACUGGAGAGUCCACACUGCAGACUGGAGACUCUAAUAUUGUGGUUGUGCAGCUUGUCAGAGAUCAGCUGUGCUUCUCUGGCCUCUGCUCUGAAGUCAAACCCCUCCCAUCUGAGACACCUGGACCUGACCUACAACAAUCUGCAGGAUUCAGGAGUGGAGCAGCUGUGUGGUUUUCUGGAGAGUCCUGACUGCAGACUGGAGAUUGUGGGAUUGAGGAUCUGCAAUUUGUCAGAGAUCAGCUGUGCUUCUCUGGCCUCUGCUCUGACGUCCAACCCCUCCCAUCUGAGAGAUCUGAACCUGAGUAACAACAAGCUGCAGGAUUCAGGAGUGGAGCAUCUGUGUGGUUUUCUGGAGAGUCCUGACUGCAGACUGGAGAUUCUGAGAUUGAUGGACUGCAGUUUGUCAGAGAUCAGCUGUGCUUCUCUGGCCUCUGCUCUGAAGUCCAACCCCUCCCAUCUGAGACACCUGAACCUGGUAGAAAACAAGCUGCAGGAUUCAGGAGUGGAGCAGCUGUGUGGUUUUCUGGAGAGUCCUGACUGCAGACUGGAGACUCUGAGAUUGAUGGACUGCAGUUUGUCAGAGAUCAGCUGUGCUUCUCUGGCCUCUGCUCUGAAGUCCAACCCCUCCCAUCUGAGACACCUGGACCUGACUAACAACGAGCUGCAGGAUUCAGGAGUGGAGCAGCUGUGUGGUUUUCUGGAGAGUCCUGACUGCAGACUGGAGACUGUGGGAUUGAUGGACUGCAGUUUGUCAGAGAUCAGCUGUGCUUCUCUGGCCUCUGCUCUGAAGUCCAACCCCUCCCAUCUGAGACACCUGGACCUGGGUCACAACGAUCCGCAGGAUUCAGGAGUGGAGCAGCUGUGUGGUUUUCUGGAGAGUCCUGACUGCAGACUGGAGACUGUGGGAUUGAGGCUCUGCAGUUUGUCAGAGAUCGGCUGUGCUUCUCUGGCCUCUGCUCUGAAGUCCAACCCCUCCCAUCUGAGAGAGCUGGACCUGUGGGGAAACGAUCUGCAGGAUUCAGGAGUGGAGCAUCUUUCUGAUCUUGUGAAGAGUCCUGACUUCAGACUGGAGACUCUGGGGUCAGUACAUCGUUCCACUCAGUUCAGGUGGAGUGAUUGAUCUCUGUCAGGGUGUGAGAGGUCAGAGAGGAGGAUGUGUCCACAGAGGAUCAGCUGAGUCCUGGUGAUCCAGAGAGGUUGGAGCAGCAGCAUCUUGUGUUCAGUAAACAAACUGAACUGACUGUGAUCUGGAGUCUCUUAAAUACUUCUUACCCUGCAGAGUCCUUCUCACCUGUGUGCUCAAAGUGAUCAAUGUCCUCCUCCGUUUGAAACUCACAGGUGUACUCCUCUUU